UGCUUCCCCCUCCUACGAAGCUUGUUAACGUUUCUGCUAUUGCAUACCAUGGCAAUGAGGUUUUUUUUGCUGGCUUGCUCCUUGGUCGCCGUUGCCUCCGCUGGUAACUUCUACCAGGACUUCGACAUCACCUGGGGCGACGGCCGUGCCAAGAUCCUCAACAAUGGUCACCUCCUUACCCUCUCCCUCGACAAGGCCUCCGGCUCCGGCUUCCAGUCCAAGAACGAGUAUCUCUUCGGCAAGAUCGACAUGCAGAUCAAACUCGUGCCCGGGAACUCUGCCGGCACUGUCACCGCCUACUACUUGUCUUCGCAAGGACCGACUCAUGACGAGAUCGACUUCGAGUUCCUCGGGAAUCUCAGCGGAGACCCUUACACUCUGCACACCAAUGUGUUCACCCAGGGGAAGGGGAACAGGGAGAUGCAGUUCAAGCUCUGGUUUGAUCCCACCAAGGAUUUCCACACCUACUCCAUCCUCUGGAACCCAAGACACAUCAUCUUCAUGGUUGAUGGCACUCCCAUCAGAGACUUCAAGAACCUGGAAUCGAGGGGCAUUGCAUUUCCCAAGAACCAACCCAUGAGGAUCUACUCCAGCCUCUGGAACGCUGAGGACUGGGCUACCAGAGGAGGGCUCAUCAAGACCGAUUGGACGAAGGCACCCUUCGUCGCCUCCUACAGGAAUUUUAAUGCCAAUGCAUGCAUUAAGGCUUCCGGUAGGUCCAGCUGCACGCCUGCCAAGAGUGGGUGGUGGAACCAAGAGCUGGAUUCCGCGAGCCAUGCGAGGAUGAGAUGGGCGCAGAAGAACUACAUGAUCUACAACUACUGCAACGACGUCAACCGGUUUCCUCAGGGCCUGCCUCCAGAGUGCUCCAUAGCUUGAAGAUUAGAUCAUUCUUUGGUUCAUUUUGUACGCAUACCAAAAUACAUUCUCUAGAUGCUGUUUUCGAAUAAGCAAUAUACUAGUCUCUCUGUCUCUC